AUGUAUUCAGCAGCUCUUCUUGUCGCUGUGGCGCUUGGUGUCGCAACAGCGCAAACGUCCACGCCCGACAUGUCCUCGUCCGCCUCCACGAGUGGCAACGAUGACAUCGCUGCACCUACCCCAGGGUCUGUGUCAUGCGUCUUUCGCUACGUGAUGCCGACAGCUUCGAAUGCCCCGAGCGGAGUAGUUACAAGAACCGAGGUAUCCAGUGGUAGCGACAGCGACGACAAAGGCAACGUCAAGGGCAACUUCAACGACAACGGCAACUUCAACGGCAACGACCAGGACGACGAUGGCAGAAAAGACGACAACGGGUCAAUUGCUUCUUCCGGGAGUGUGGCCGACGGCUCGGACGCGACGUCGCCUGACACUGUAGGCGAGACGCCCGAGCGUCCCCCAGUCUCGUCCUCGUCGUCCCCGAGCGUCCGUCCACCGCUCGAGAUGGAAAGCGGGUCGACCGAAGACACGCCGGAGGGUGGUGUGCAUGUGCCGUCAAACACUUCCGAGUCGCCGUCGUCGACGUCUCCUCCUGCGCCACCGACGACGCCGCAGCUGCCGCCGUCGUCCAGUACAGAGCCGCCAGCAACCGUCGCGCCUAAACCUCCAUCGGCGCUCUCGAGCGGCAAUGGCUCCGCUCCCAGCACGGCAUUAAGUCCCCCGUCAUCUCCACCAACAAAACCAGCGACCACAACGACGGACGACCGUCGCCUCAUGAGCGCAGGGAGCGGCACGGCGGCGGAGUCUCCACCAAGCACGACUCCGUUAGCUACAGAGGAGACGCCGCCCUCGGACGUUGGGGAUCUGCCCGAGGAAUCGUCUCCGACAGGUGCGACGCCAAGUUCAAGCACAAUGUCGCCGCCAUCGUCUCUCGCAACGACAAGAGCUCCGCUUGCGCCUCGUACGCCUUCAACAGCAGCACCGCCACGUCCAUCAGAACCACCACAAGUGACGAAGUUGCCGGCCGGCAGUCCUCCUGCAGCAAAACUGCCGCCGUCAGUCUCCGAUUCGGACUCAGGCGCUGGAUCUGCAGGACUGCCGACGCCCGUUCUGAACGCGUCGCUGCCGUCGUCGACCAGUGGCUCUGCUUUGGACACAAUCAACUCGACGACCAAUGCUUCAGACCCCAGUGGACCGAUAAUCACAACGACGACGACGGCCGCACUCGAGUUCAGCUGCGACACGACGUUCUACAGUGCGUGGACCAAGAUGGGACUGACGUGUCAAGGCACGGAGCUCGACGUAACGAAAGCGGCAGCCGGUGCGGAGUGCCUCAUCUACUCCGGGACGUCGUCGGGCUCGGAGAUCUCGGACCUCGCCACGUGCAUGUCGGUCUGCCGCUUUCCCGCGUGCACCAGCAGCACCGGCGAGUGGGACUACGCAGCGGACGACGGCAUCAACUCGCCCAUCUACGCGAACCUGGACUUUAUUAGGCUCAUGCAACUCGCAGGCACUCAAGCUGCUGACGCCGUUGCCAGUGCCGUGCAGCAGCCGUUUGCUAACUUUACGUUCGCAGCGACGACCGAGUGCGACUACGUGGAUGAGUCGUCGUUCAGCACUUGUCAAUGCGCAAGUGCAACGGCGUUCAUGCCUCCGUCAAGUGAAGCGGGGGGUCCGUCGAUGAAUUCGAACGCGCAGUACGCUAUUCCUGUUAACAAGGGCCUCGAGGACGCCAAUCAUUGGGCAGACGGGACGAAGAAGAGCACGGUGGACAAGGCUGGAAUUACCUCGACGACUAUUGGUAGCAGUGCAGCCACUGUGUCUGUUGUUGCCGGUGGCGUCAUGUCGGUUGCUAGUGGCAUCGUGGGCGGCACUUCGGCUGGUGUCGCCUCGGGGGUCUCAGCAGCAGCCAGUGUUGGAAUUACUAUGGCUGCAAUUGACAUUUGUCAGUUUUCGGUCAUGUUGAGUCAGAUGAACGUGGAUGCCCGACCGCGGUUCAUGGAGAACAUGGGCAAACAGAUGGCUCCUGCUGCUUUUACAUUUAUGCCAUUUGGUAAAUCGAAGAAAUUGGUGUCUGCGGAUGACACGGGCCCUGGCUCGAAAGACUCGACAGCCACUCGGCGUCGUUUAAUCACAGGUACCGGUAGUACCAGUGACAGCGGUAGCCUCGGCUCGGGGUCGUCUAGUACGGAUACUGGAGUGCAGGGUAUGGAGAGGUACGCGUUUCUCAUCGGUGUCGAUCCCGACAUGUUGUUUUACGUGGCGGUAGCUGGCAUUGCGUGCAUGGUGGGCAUUGUCUUCGGCCUGUACGCUGUCGCAAUGGGACUGUGUUACUUUAUUGUGGAGGACUUUGUGGUCUUUAGCCGCAAGUGGCUGGACAAAGCCAUUGGUGUGCUGAUGAUGAUUUUGAUUCUGUCCGAGUAUGUUAUUGGCGCUACAGCAAUGUACCAGAUCUGCUACUGUAUUGAUCGAGAUACUAUCGACAUGAGCUUCUUCUUAGCUAUUCUCACGCUGCUGGGUCUGGCUUUUGGAACGAUUCUGUACGGUGUUGUCGUGAUUAAGAACAACGAGGACGAACUGCGUGACUUGGGCACGAAGGACCACUUUGACAAGAAAUUCCACAAUCGCUACGGACCGUUGUACGACGAGCACAGCUUUGAGGGCCGUUUCUUCUUUGCACCGAAGCUUCUUCUCGCCCUGCUGUGUGGUAUGACAACGGGCAUGGUGUGGAUCCAGGGUCUGUGGCAAAUUGUCGUUCUCAUUGCGCUCCACAUUGCGUUCUUGUUGUACCUGGAAAUCAAGCAACCGUAUCCGACCGCAUUUGUGCAAAAGACGUCGAGUUUUGUCAUUAUUAUCAAGAUCUCGGCCUUGUUUCUCAGUUUCUUCCUCCUGUCGAGUGCCACGAGCUUCACACAGAGCAUUCCGGACGAUCUGCGUGAGGGUGUGGCGUUUGCAAUUGUCGGCUUGCAGGUGCUGGUGUUAGUGUGUCUCAUGAUUCGUCAGGUCUACAUCUUUUAUCGUACGUGGAAGCUCAAGCGUGACGGUGCAGACAACAAGACGGUCAGGGUGCAGACCACGAACGCCCGUGAGGGAUCCGAGGCUUUUUUCGCUCUGGGCGGUAGUGAGCCGCCGCAGUACUAUGGUAACAACACUUAUCAGAACCGCGGUAAUUCACUUGCCGUACUGGGCAACGACUCCACCCCGAAGAUGCAAGAUCCUCGCCGAUACGCGCAGGAGACCCCGUCCAACCUCAAUCGCAAUCACGGCAAUCUACCACAAGAGAUCCCUCACCCUCAAGAGUGCAGCAACACUCACAGCAUGCAGCGCAGUCACACUGUGGUGCGGCACGAGAACCAUUACCGCAACAAUGAGGUCGACCUGUAG